CACACUCACUGUGUGUUCAUCGGAAUCCGCCAUGGAUGACGAAAACGAGAGCUCCAAAUCAGCUGCACUCAAAAAUUCAAAUCUAAAAGAAGACAAAAUCGAAAAUUCCUUCGUACACAACGACGACGACGGAGUAACUGGUGCUAGCAGUGGAGCUGAGAGUUUACGAGAAUCAAAGACGGAAGCUUUAAUUUCAGAAACCCUAGCUCAUCCUAAUGUAGAAUCAUCCUUACAAAUUGAAAUUGAUAGCCAAUCCGAAUUCGAUUCAGAGUUCUCUCCCUCUUACCAACUUUCUGAAGUACCAGUGGAAUAUGAACUGCCCUCGUUUGGUUUCUCGAAAAAAAUCAAGGAUAGAAUUAGUGUUACAAAGCCUGGAACUUUGAGUGCUCAAACACGAACAGAACAUCAGCGACGUGUGCCUGAUGCCGCAUCCUCAUUGGAGCUGUCCUCUAUAUCCGUUGCACAGUCCAUUUCAUCAGUGCCAAGCGCAACUCUAGCAGAAAGACGAUCAUCAGCAGCAGUAAAUUGUAGCACAGGAGAAGUGGUUAAGCAGAGUUCCGACACCCAGGUUCUACCUCUUAUACCAGUUCUAAAGACACCAACUCGCGAUGGGUACAAUUGGCGGAAGUAUGGUCAAAAGCAAGUUAAAAGUCCUCAAGGUUCUCGGAGUUAUUACCGAUGCACUCAUUCUGAGUGUUGUGCCAAGAAGAUUGAGUGCUCUGAUCACACUAAUCGUGUUAUGGAGAUUAUUUAUAGAAGUCAACACAAUCAUGAUCCACCCCCAAUAGUAAAUAGCUCAAGGGAAAGCAAGUCUGCAGUAUUGUCUUCACCUACCAAUGGCAAAAGUAUAAUAGCUCAUCCAAGUAGAAAUCCUAGUGAGACCGUAGUAUCCUCCUUAAAAGAAAAUUUGCAAGAAAGUUUACCAAUUGCUGAGACAGCAAAUCAGGAUUCCGGUGGGUCUGACACUGACACUGACACUGAAAUCACUAUUAAAGAGGAGCAUAGUGACGAGCCUGGACAAAAGAAGAGGUCGAGGAAAAGUGAUGCAAACUGUUCUGAAUCUGUUUCUAAACCUGGAAAGAAACCCAAACUUGUGGUGCAUGCUGCUUGUGAUGUAGGAAUCUCAAGUGAUGGCUACAGAUGGCGAAAGUAUGGACAAAAAAUGGUGAAGGGAAAUCCCCAUCCAAGGAACUACUAUCGCUGUACAUCAGCUGGAUGUCCUGUUCGAAAGCACAUUGAGAGGGUUGUAGAUACCACAAGUGCUUUAACAAUAACAUACAAGGGAGUACACGAUCAUGACAUGCCCGUACCCAAAAAACGUCAUGGUCCACCGAGUGCACCUCUCAUUGCUGCUACUGCCCCUGCUUCCGUAACCAAUAUGCAUUCUAAGAAACCUGAACCGCUACAACAUCAAAAAUCGACCACACAAUGGUCCGUGGAUAAAGAAGGUGAGUUGACAGGUGAGAAAUUGGAUGUUGGAGGAGAAAAAGCAAUGGAAUCGGCUCGAACACUGUUGAGUAUUGGAUUUGAAAUAAAGCCUUGCUAAAAUUGUUUAGCUGCUUUGAUUUUUUUUUCUUGCAUUUAUUAGUUUUUCUUUAUAGGGCUUUCUUGUAGAAAUUUAGAAGAGUGUACCUUUUUUUAUAGUCCUCCAAUAUAUAGAUAGUCUAUACUCAGUUAUGUACAUUAUUGUGGAGCAAAAUAAUAGAACUUAAGAGGAACA